AUGAAGCGCAGUCGACUUCAUUUCGAGUCUAACGGUGAUGCCUCCUCUGCCGCCUCUCCCCAGAGUACCCGCCCACAGUAUACCCCGGAAAAUGACUCACAGCAGAGCCCGAGACAUGUUCCCAAGAUCUCGCGCAGAAUCCGAGCAUGUACGGAAUGUAAGCGCCAUAAGGUCCGCUGUGAUAUGAAUGCGGGGGAGACCGUUUGUCAGAGAUGUCGCCGCAUGGGCCUGGAAUGCGUUGUCAACAAAAGUCUCCAGACGUUACUGGACGACGAGACAGAAUGGAAGGCCACAAUAGAGCUCGCAAUGGCAGAUUUGCUACGGAAGGCCCAGCUGCCCGAUCUUUCGUAUUAUCAGACUAACGGAAAGGCAUCGGAGCCACUGUCAAAGAAAAGAGACCGGCAGGAUUCUACAGUGUCGACAGAGGACACGCCUCAUGGGACGGAUCACGAUUUUGGAGCAGAGCGCCUCGAGAGCAGCGCGCAGAGAGUCGCACCCGAGUCCAGAACAUCCGAAACGACCUUCCAACAGUCUUCACAAUAUGCCCUAGACAGGGAAGAGAAUGGAACCUCAUCGCUGGUGACGGCACCGAUGGGAAGUCUUUACGAAGUGACACAGUUGAGCGAUAUCCAGACAACUUCACCGGGAAGGCAUCAUGCGCCCGAUCGGGCUCUUGUCACAGAUUUCGUUUCACGGGGAGUAGUGGAUUUGCACGAGGCGGAGGAGCUGUUCUCCUACUUUGAUCAAGUACUUAGCCGUUAUCUAUGGGAUGGGAUAUUGCUGGACCACAAAGACCUGACCUCCGUGAGGAACUCUUCCUCAAUGCUCUCUGCCGCCAUUCUCGCUGUCACAGCCCUUCAUUUGCCCAAGAAAGAACGCACAUUCGAUAUUUGCUAUACGGAGUUUGCUAGGUUAGCAUCAGAAUCAAUGCUAGACAGACACCACACUCUGGAUGAUCUGCGUGCGUUAUGUAUAGGCGCCUUUUGGCUUGCAGACGUAAGCUGGAAGCUGUCUGGGUAUGCAGUCCGAAUUGCCACGGAGCGCAACCUGCAUCAGUCUUACCGGAAAGCAACACAAGGUUCUCCGGAGCACAUAGAACAAGCUAGGCUGUGGUAUCUUCUUUAUACACUAGAGCAUCACUUUUCCAUCGCCUACGGACGACCGCCGAUAAUCCACGAGGACCAGAGCAUCAAAAAUCACAAUACAUUCACUCAUACCCCUAACGUGCAACAAGGUGACCUGCGUCUACACAGCCAGGUCGACCUGUUCAUCAUUCUUACCCGAAUAUACCACGCCUUUGGGCCCGACGUCGACUUGGAGGUUCCCGACAGCGAAUUCUCUACAAUUGAUAAAUAUGACGCUGACCUUGACAAAUGGCGGAUAGCCUGGUAUCCGCGCUUGGGUACGUUUUCUGAUCCUCAGUCUUUGAACUGGCCACAGUUUUCGCUAAUGUGGCUCAAACGAGCAGUUGGGAGCCGAUAUGUCGGUGCAUAUCCUUAUAGAGCGGUUAAUCUGCAUUAUCACUUUUCUCGGUUACAGUUGAAUUCGGUUGCUUUGCGGACCUAUCACUCUUCGAUAUCGACACGACCCAUGUCUGCUGAGCGAAAGAAGCGCGCGAAUAUAGCCAUACAGUCCGCCAUCGACACGCUUCAGGUGGUCCUAGAUGAACCCGAUAUACAGAGGGCUCUGGUUGGCGUUCCACUGUACCUCCACAGCAUGAUCACUUUUGCCGCCGUUUUCCUGCUGAAGAUUGCGGCCAAGGGCUGCUCCAGCAGCAUUCCCAACAACCAAGGCCAGCAGAACUCUAUUUCAUCAGCCGGCCUACAUAUCGACGUCGCGUACGUGCGCGAGCUGGUUGGGCGGAUCGUUAAUAUGAUGGUCUCGUGCAGUAAGCGUGCAAGCGAGCACCAUCUCAGCCACCACAUAGCCCGUGGCUUGCGAAAGAUGCUCACAGGGUUGGAGGAAUGGGAGAAGAGGAAUCUCGGUAAUUCCCAGUCUCUGACACAGAAUUCUCAUGAUACUCUACCGAUGUUUAAACCGGUUGUUAUCCCCGGGGCUCAGCCCCUUGGCGAACGGGAUACGAUACUGAACCCGCCUCCUCCGUUGCUGGGGGUCGCUCCCUUGUCUGCCGAGAGAGGGAAUAGCUUUGAUUCGGAUGCCACGCAAGCAAAGGCCCAGACGGGCCUCUCCGAGGGGUCGGUGGACCCUAUGAUGGCCGAUCUCUGGGGCUUUGAUGAGGAUUACUUCCCGACCGGGGUGUUUGAUUUCCUUCAGUCUCAGAUGCCUGCUUGA